AAACAGCACGAGCAAGGCGAGACCGCGAAAGGCCCAUGUGAAAGUGAGGGCGCUUUUGCAAGUCAAGUAUGUUUCUUCUAGCCAAGAGACUCUCCUCCACUUAAGCAGACGACAGGCGUUAGAGGUCAUCCGCGGAGUGGACAGCAAAAACUAGAUCCUCUCGUGUUAGCGGAGUUGUUUUUUCGGGGAGUCAGUCGUGAGUGAGCACAGAUUUCAGUUCUUAUCCUGCUGCAGUUCUCAACAAAGGUGACAACAUGGUGAGCCUUAUGCAAGACGGAACAUUCAUCAAGCUCAAGAAGCUGUACAGCAUGAAAAAAGGGACUCUAAAUAUUAAUUCGCUCUUCGAGAAUGAUCCAUCCCGAGCGGAAAAGUAUACAAUUAAGCUUGCUGACGGCGAUGAGACUCUUCUGAUAGACUACUCGAAAAAUCUGAUCGACGAUGAAAUACUUGUGAAUCUGGUGGAGCUCGCGAAAAAUCGUGAGGUUGAACUCAUGCGGGCAAAAUUGUUUUCGGGAGAAAAAAUUAAUUUUACAGAAAAUCGCUCAGUGCUACAUGUGGCACUCAGGAACCGGUCAAAUAGACCGAUUACUGCUGACGGAGAGGACGUAAUGCCUAAAGUCAACGCUGUUUUAGAGCACAUGAAGGCAUUUUGCCAACAGGUAAUCUCAGGCGAAUGGAAGGGCUACACGGGUAAAAAAAUAACUGACGUUGUUAACAUUGGCAUUGGGGGUUCUGAUCUCGGUCCUCUUAUGGUUACCGAAGCCCUCAAACCAUUCCAGGUUGGUCCUCGGGUACAUUUCGUAUCCAACGUUGACGGCACCCAUCUCUUCGAGACCUUGAAGAAGGUAGAUUCUGAAACUACACUGUUUAUUAUUGCGUCGAAGACUUUUACAACGCAGGAAACCAUAACAAAUGCCGAGUCAACCAAGCAGUGGUUCUUGGAUAAGGCAGGAGAUAAGGCUCAUGUUUCCAAACACUUUGUAGCACUUUCUACAAACAAACCAAAAGUGGAAGCCUUUGGCAUUGAUGCCGCCAAUAUGUUUGAAUUCUGGGACUGGGUCGGAGGCAGAUAUUCUCUUUGGUCCGCGAUCGGGCUACCGAUCGCGCUCUUCAUUGGUAUGCCAAACUUUGAAAAGCUUCUUGCCGGAGCUCAUUUUAUGGAUGAACACUUCCGAACCACGCCUUUGGACAAAAACGUGCCAGUUAUCCUAGCCAUGGUCGGAGUUUGGUACAUCAACUUUUUCGGCGCAGAGAGUCACUGCUUGUUACCCUACGAUCAGUAUUUACACCGUUUCGCUGCCUAUUUUCAACAAGUUGAUAUGGAAUCUAACGGAAAAUACGUUCAGCGCAAUGGAGAACGGGUGGACUACCAGACCGGCCCAAUUUUGUGGGGAGAGCCCGGUACCAACGGUCAGCAUGCUUUCUAUCAGCUGAUUCAUCAGGGAAAUAGAUUGAUUCCAUGUGAUUUCAUCGCCCCUGUUAAGACCCACAACCCUAUACGAGGGGGAGUACAUCACAAGAUCCUUUUGGCCAAUUUCCUAGCUCAGACAGAGGCGCUUAUGAAAGGCAAAAGCGAACAAGAAGCUAAAAGUGAAUUGAAGGCUUCUGGGCUAAGCGAGGAAGUCCUUGAAAGAAUCCUUCCUCAUAAGGUGUUCCUUGGUAACAGGCCGACAAAUUCGAUUAUCGUCCAGCAAGUUACACCUUUCACCCUUGGAGCUCUGAUUGCCAUGUACGAGCACAAAAUAUUUGUUCAGGGUGUCAUCUGGAAUAUCAACUCAUAUGAUCAAUGGGGUGUGGAGCUGGGCAAACAGCUUGCGAAAAGGAUCGAACUAGAAUUGAACGGCAAAGAUCCGGUUAGCUCUCACGACCCAUCAACAAACCAGCUGAUCAACUUUAUCAACAGUUACAACUAGAAAUCACUAGGCAUAUCGUCAAUAUUUUGCCGCAUGUCUUCCGUUAUACGGUUACUUUUCAAGGAAUGGAUCGUCUUUCAACCGACGAGGAAUAAGUUAAGACUAAUAUAAACAUUUGACAGACUAACAAGUAGUUCUAAGUUUUGUUGUGUUAACUGCUAUCGGAUUAUUUGUCUUUUCUUCAUAAUAUACUUGAUAUAUAUGCAUGAUACUGGUAAAACCAGCGCUCCAUAAAAGAUGUACGACCAUUUAAAUUAGUGACGGAUGUUAGUAGAUAUGGAUGAAGCUUAGCAUAUAGAAGGUUCUGUGCUAUAAUGAAUGACGUGUCAAAAAUGGUGAGGUUAGUUCGGCUUUGUUUUUACGGAACAUAUGCAAUAUUUUGGUUUUUUGAAAUCAAAUGACAAGGUAGCGUGAUUAUCUUUAAGAUUUUUUAAAAUAAGUGUUUCAAUGCUACUGAUUUGCUUCUGUGCCGACAAAUAGGAGCGUUUAAUACGAGUUUUAGAACCGUUAACCGCUGAACAGUUUUGACGAACGUGACAUUAAAUUCUUGUGUACGUUGAAUUAGCAAUAAUAUACAGCCAAUUUUGUUGGCUUACAUUUAUUGCUUAGGCA